AUGAUAUCAAUAAUUAAGUUGAUUUGCUUAGGGACUUUUUUGACAGGGCUUAUAUCUGGAAAACUAGCUCAAAAUGCUGAUAGCUCUUCCACUGGGAAAGAGAAGCAGCAACAUUCUGUAAUAAAAGAGUAUUUUAGGGAAGAAUUUGAUGAUGGGGAUGAAUGGCAGAAACGAUGGGUUCAGUCUAAACACAGAUCUGAUUAUGGUAAAUUUCGCAUAGGUGCAGGAAGAUUUUAUGGAGACAGAGAAAAAGAUAAAGGUCUGCAGGCAACUCAAGACACUAAGUAUUAUGCAGUAUCAGCAAGGUUUCGACCCUUCAGUAAUGAAGGUCAGACUUUAGUGCUACAAUAUACGGUAAAAUAUGACCAACAUGUUGAUUGUGGUGGUGCCUAUAUUAAACUUUUUCAUGAAGACCUGAAUCAAGAAGUUAUGAAUGAAGAUUCACCAUACUAUAUUAUGUUUGGUCCAGAUAUAUGUGGUGAAGACAAAAAGAUUGUGCAGGUUAUAUUUAACUAUAAAGAUGACUACUACUUCAUUAAAAAAAACAUCACAUGUGAGACCGAUGACUUUACCCAUCUCUACACUCUAAUAGUACGUCCAGAUUUAACAUAUGAAGUGAAGAUUGACAACUAUGUGGCUGAGUCUGGCAACUUAGAAGAUGACUGGGAUUUUCUGCCUCCAAGGAAAAUAGUAGAUGCUGAUAUGCCAAAACCUGAUUACUGGGAUGAAAGGGAAAGGAUUGAGGACCCCAUGGACAAGAAACCAGAUGAUUGGGAGCAGCCAGAAAGAAUUCCUGAUCCUGAUGUGCAGAAACCAGAUGACUGGGAUGAAGAGAUGGAUGGGGAAUGGUCACCACCAUUGAUUCCAAACCCUGAGUACAAAGGCAUUUGGAAACCUCGUAUUAUUAAAAACCCCAAUUACAAUGGCAUAUGGGUCCAACCAGAAGUUGACAACCCAGAAUAUACACCAGAUCCUGAUCUUUACAAAUAUUUUAACAUCAGUGUAAUUGGCUUAGAGAUUUUACAGGGAAGGUCUGGUACAAUUUUCAAUAAUUUUCUUAUCACAAAUGAUGAACAAUAUGCUGAAGAUGCUGGGAAUGAAAUGUGGGGUGCUACCUAUGAGAGAGAAUGGAAGAGAAGAGACGGACAAGAUGUUGUGUAUAACAAAAUUAAUGAAAAACAGGAACCAAAAGGAAAGGAUGCCAAGAAAGAAAAGAAGGGAAAAGAUCUCAAUGUUAAAGAUGAACUCUAAUCAACCAAAACUGUUGCUUAAUACUCAGUAUGUUAAUGACUUGUCUUUGAUUUGGCCUGGAAAUAGUUCAACUUCCAAAGAUCCCACUUAUUUUCUAUACAUUAUUACUGGGUCCCUGAAAUGCAAUGGGAAAAAGUUCUUAUGAACACUUUUUAUGUAAAUAGGUGAGUACUGAUGACAGAAGAAGAAUCUGGGUCAUCAGAAGUAAAUCCUGCUCAUUUUAAAGGGGCUUAAAUUUAAUAGGCCUAUUGUGUUUUAUCGAGGAGGCUCAUUAGCAUCUGCUAUAGACACACAGACCACAUAGAUUAGGAGUGCUCAACAUUUUUACAGCUUUUGCUUUCCAUAGCCACUGAAUAACGUGCUGAAUUUUGUGUAGUUUGGUGGUGAUACUCCCCUCCCCUGAUUUUAUGGAAAUUCAGCCCCAACCCCAAAGGAUUCCCUGAAAUAAAAUUAUCUCUUAAUAUAAGCUAUUCACUCUCCAAGUUUUCAAAGGAUGGUCUUGUGGCAGCACCAAGGUGUAGCCCCUUGUAGUGGUGAGUGGAGGAAUGCAGUCCUCUUAUUUCCACAAGCUGCAGAACCCUAAUAUAGAUGGAGGCAAAAUAUUUAGUGCACAGAUGUAGAGAAUAACAGAACCAGUAAAGGCCAGAAUGAUGUCCCACUAAAGAUGCCUUUUCAGCAUCUUGGGAGUGCGGUGUUUACAUGCUGCAUGCUCCAAUAAUGCCUGGAAGUCAGCUGGAAGCCAGCCAGCUGCCCAUACAUAGGCGGCUUCAAGACACUCAGGCAGUGCAGUAGUUACACACUGCACACCAAUAGAGCAUCUUGAAGCUGCCCUCGAAGUGAGCCAGGGCUGGGAAAGCCGGCUCUUUCACAGCGCAAAUAGGAGUGGAUCUUAUCUGCUCCUAUUUGGGCCCGGUUUAAGGUGGAUUGGGGCCACAGCAUAUAUUUGAGGUUGAUUGAAGUAGCAGCUGUAGUUUACAACCCCAUUUACAGAUUGCAAGGGACCAACAUUAUCUCAGACUUGGGGGACAAAUUGCUACAGUAGUGGGAGAUAUUCUUACUGAAAUUUUAUUUUAUUUUCUUAAAAGCUAGCACUCAUUUGUAAACAUAGAACCCAGCUGAGAGUACCAGCAACACAUAAUAAUAGCCUGCCAGAUUGUAGGAUGAAACCAAUACAAAUUUCUAGGUUCAGGGCAGGGGUGGGCAAUUGCCAGGAGAUGGGUGGUUGCAUUGGACCCCGGGAGACCUUGAAAGACAACACAUACCCAGUGAACUGUUCCACCCCUGUGAAAAUGUUAUAAAUUAUUUUGGGGACAAAAAGCCCUUGGCACAUGUUACAAGACAUGGGGACAAUUUUAAACUGUUGGGAGAGGACUGGUUAUUUUAGACUCAAGAAGCGCCUUUUUUUAAAAAAGGAAGUGGUCUGGAAAUCAGCUUCCACUUAAUAAAAAAGGCUCCACCUAUGCCUCACAUGGCCCAAGGGGCCAAAAACAUAUCAUUGUUGUCGUCAUCCUGGUUUUCCCUCCAAAAUUGUGAGGGAAUUAAAGCAGCUUAUGAAUUAAAAGAACAGUACAAUUAAAUUGGGCUCCAUAGCUUCUGGAAGAUGUUUGAGGGGGGGGGUAACGUUUCAAAUCUUUUUGCGGUGUUCGGGGGCUGAAAUACUUGUAAGCUGCAUGUGACCCUUGGCUCCCAUUUUCCCCACUCUGAUUUAGGGAUUUAUUAAACCACCAAAGAGGGGAAGCCAAAGUGGGUUGUCCCUUUGGAUCAUGAUCACAGGGUACAAAUAUAAGUAGGGGGAGCUCAAAUAAUACAUGAGGACAGAUAAAUGUAUCUUUAGGGAUUGUGGCUGGAUGUGGUGCUGGAAGUCGCAAAGCUGUUAUUAGAGCAGGACAAUUGGUUACAUUGGUUUGAUUUUUAAAAAUAUUUUGUUUUUUUAAAUGUUUUUGGGAUUAUGAGGCUAACCACAGCAUAUUACAUAGAGGAGCAUUAUAAAUACAAAGGACAGAGGGUCUGGUCGUGAGUGACAACAACACUGAAUGUUUGGAAGACUAUUGAAAAUGCAUGCAAUCUUUCCCUUUCUGUUUCAGUCCCCAACUUUAGUAACUUUGGCUUUUCUGCAGUCACACUAGUAUGACAGUGUUGUGGAUUAAUUUAGAUUGGGUAAUAAGAGGGGGCAUCUUUUUUCCUUCGUAACUGUAGAAGAACAUGCUGAGUUUACCUGUGUUGCUACAACCUGGGUGGUAAGAGAAUAAGGAGUUAAACCUAAUUCAAGCAUUCUUGAAGCAUGUUGUUCAAGUAGAUGAAGCAGAGAUUGAUAGCUGUGUGACUCUUGUUGAUGUUUUGCUCAUAUAAAAGCAUGUCAGUAGAGGAGAGAGACUUCUAUACCGGAGACUCUUUAUGAUAGCAAUAAUUCUGAUUUCUUACUCAUACUAAGAGCCUUUAUAGGUAAACAGUGCUUUCCUCUUACUACACAUUGCUUUCAUACAAGCAAAGCAGUGAUGAGGAGGAUUAGCAUGCUCCCAUCCUUGUGUCUUUUAAAAAGUGCUACAAAAAAACUUGAAUGUGAAUACCUCAUUGUGGGAGCUUGAGAUGAGAUUGGUAUUCUGUUGAUGUAUCAACCAUCCUGCUGUGUAACAUUCCCCCAGGCUGAACUGACAGAAACAGAAGCUUGCAGGACGUGCACAUUCUGGUUGUGUGGCAUAUAAAGAGUUAAAUAAAACUCUGGAAACAUGUGAAGCCAUUUAUUCAGUCCUAUUAAAUUCCUUUCCCUUUGCAGUAUCUUGCAAAAAAUAAUAAUUUAUUUUUCCUUUGAAUUUGUUUUUAAGUAAUUAUGAGUUUCACUUAAUAAAUUGAUAAUAUUUUUAAUAUUUCUACUUUGUUCCACUGCGGUUUCCUAUAAACUUUUAUUAUCUAACUUCUUAUGAUCUUCCUUCAAUUUAAAUUAUAUUUAAUUUAUUAAAAUAUUUAUUACUCAUUUAACUUAAUUUAAUUAAUUUUAAUUAAAUAUAAUUAAUUAAAUUCCAGUUUUAUACAUUUUAAACUAAACAUGUUCAAAGCAUGCUGAAUACAGGACCCGUGCAUUAAUAUUUUUAGUACUCCACACGAUCGCAGAAGACAGCCCAUUCUUUCCAUUUAACUCAAAAUAAAAGUAUUUUUAAAUUUAAUUUUAAUCUCUCUGCCACACGUUGCCUGUAUAAUUAGUCUGACUUUCCAAGAAAAUAUUGUGGGCUGUUCAUUUGUUUGUUUUUAAAGUCAACUAUUUUGGCUACUGGAUUAUGAUCUGAGUCUGUGAUGGGGUAACUGUUUGCAUCCACCAUAGUCUGAAGCCACAAUACAAAUGUCAAAAUAUAUACCAGUAGUCUACAUGAGAACAUCUGUUGUGUCAUAGUGAAGUACAUCUCCUGGCCAACUCCCACCCACAGCAUAGCUGCUCUGUCCAUGGCUUCAGAUGACAACUAGAAUUCACUGUUGUGCAAUUGCACUUUAUUGAGCUUUGUGCAUACUUCAUGGGAGGUCGAAGAUUCUUAACUACAUGCAGGUGUGAGUCCUUAUUUCUUUUCCAGGCUAAUCAGUCCUCAUCAGAAAUUACAAGUAAGCAUAACACAGGUAAUGAAUUCAAUUCCCCAAACAGAUGCUCUGUCCUAUUAACUCUUUCACUUUCCUGCUCUCUAAUUUAUGCUUGUACCACCCUACCUCCAGUUUAUCCCCUGGACCUGCCUGAAAGGGGGGUGUGUGAUACUACUGUACUUGCUGCCAGAGGUCCUGGCCUACAUUCUGAAUUGCCAAGCCUGAACUACAUACUUUCCUCUCUUUUAUCUCCAGACUUACAGUAGCUGAUGUCAGGCACAAGGGAGAGGAUGGAUGUCAGUUUUCUUCAGCCUUACACUGGUUGUCAGGGAGAAAGGUUGUCAUGCUAGAAUGCAGCAACCUUUCCUGUCCAUCCAUUCCCUUUUACCUUUUACUCAAUUGCUUUUUCUCUUUCCUUACUCACUAUUCUUACCAGCUUUCAUCCUCUCUCUGCCCUUCUGAAAUCUAGAGCUAUUUUCAAAGGGAAAUUUUAAUUUUUGUAAAGAUUUAGCAUCUCGAUUUUUAAAAUUGCUUUUUAGUUUUUUAAGUUUUAAAAGUGCUUUUGACCUGUUGUGCAUCAUCUUGGGUGGAUAGAGUGAUGAUAAAUAAAUGCUGUAAAUAAAUAAAUUAAUAAAUAUUGUUCUGGCAAUA